AUGGCAAGUGAACAAUGGAACGAAGAUAUCGCAUACGCGAUGACUCCCUUAAAGCUUGUAAUGUGGCCUCUGGGUGUCUGGCCGCUUCAAGUUUAUAACAUAUAUUCUUUAAUACGAUGUGUCCUAACUACUUGUUUCAUGAGCAUAGUAGUCAUCUUGCCGACGAUUGAGUUUUAUUUGGGCUGCACUGACGCGGAGCAAAAUAUCUAUGCCCUUAUGUUGACCUGUUGUGGAAUGCUCGCUGUGACGAAGAUGAUAUGUGUCCGCAUUUAUGCGACCAACUUUACUAAGAAUUACAAAUCCGCUCUAAAUGAUUAUAUGUUAAUCGAAAACGACGAGCAACGUGCAAUUAUGCACAGACACGCUUUUAUGGGGAGGGCUCUCUUGUAUUCCACGAUAUCUAUUGCUUACAUUGAUGCUGUCCUAUAUUCCCUAAUACCUUUCUUGGGUAAUGAGUAUAAUAAUCAAACCAACAUAACAAAUAAGGAUAUCAUAUUGGAGUACACAGUACCGUCAAGAUGCACUUUGAAGUACUUGAACGUGCCAGACAUGCAUAAAAUGUACUGCCUCAUUGAAUUAAUCUCGAUGUUACUCACAUGCACGAGCAACUAUGGUAACGACACUUUGAUCCUUCACGUUGCAUUGCAUAUUUGCGGUCAAGUAAAAAUUCUGAAGUACAAGUUCAUGAAUUUUAAUGUUACGGGACCGAAAACCAAUGAUCGUUUUAACGCAAUAAUUGAAAGACACUCUCAUUUGAUGGCAAUGACCAAAAUACUUGCCGAUGGAAUUAGUUUUAUUUUGCUAAUGCAGUUAUUUAUUAGUAGUGUAUUUUUAUGCAUAGCAGGAUUUGAAUUUAUCUUAGCGCUGAAAGUGAACGACGUUAAUAUGAUCUUAAGAAGCGCCAUGGUGCUCAACGCUAUUCUAGCACAAAUAACUAUAUACAGUUUUGUGGGAGAUUACUUGAAAUCUCAAAUGGAAGAAAUUGCUACAUAUAUUUACCAGAGCGUUUGGUACGAUCUUCCUGCGACAUUGAUGAAGAAUUUAACAUUUGUAAUCAUGCGGUCUCAAUCUCCCGUGCAGUUCCAAGCUGGAAAUUUCAUCGUGAUAAACUUUAUGACAUAUAUGAGCAUCCUGAAGACCUCUGUUUCCUAUUUAUCAGUACUUCGUGUAAUGGUAGAAUCGUAA